ACUCUUCCUCUCGAGGCUGCGCUGCAGACACCCGGUAAAUUUGCCAUCGAUCGAAUACGACGACUCAAAGCCAAGCUGGGCCGAUCAGGUGGAGGAAGAGGGAGAUGAAGGUUCACUCACUCCCUUCACCAAAAGAGACAGUUAAAGGUAAUUUUAAGACUGUCACAGAAUACAAGAUUGAUGAAGAUGGCAAGAAGUGUAAGAUUAUCAGGAAUUUCAAAAUUGUGACACGGAACGCCUCCAAAGCAGUGGCCAGGAGAAAGAACUGGAAGAAAUUUGGCAAUUCAAAAUUUGACCUACCAGGUCCCAAUGUUGCCACCAUGACAGUGAGUGAUGAUGUCUUCAUGACCUUCAUUUCCAAUAACAAGGACUUGAAUGCCCAAGACCAGGAUGAGGAUCCCAUGAACAAGCUGAAAGAACAGAAGAUUGUGUCCUGCCGUAUUUGCAAAGGGGAUCACUGGACCACCCGCUGUCCACACAAGGACACGCUUGGUCCAAUGCAGAAGGAACUGGCUGAGCAGUUGGGCCUGUCCAAGGGGGAAAAAGAGAAAGCAGCAGAUCCUGAACCUGCUCAGCCAGUCCAGAAUUAGACCGGGAAGUAUGUUCCCCCCAGCCUGCAGGACGGUGCUACGCACAGAGGAGAGUCCAUGCAGCCUAACCGCAGAGCUGAUGAUAAUGCUACAAUCCAUGUGACCAACCUGUCUGAGGACACCAGAGAAACAGACCUGCAGGAGCUGUUCAGACCUUUCGGUUUCAUCUCUAGAAUCUAUCUGGCCAAGGACAAGAACACAGGCUAGUCUAAGGGCUUUUCCUUCAUCAGCUUCCACCGCCGCGAGGAUGCUGCCAGAGC